AUGACUGGCCGCGUUUUUCUUCUCCUGGCCCUUGUCGCCGUGGCUGCUGCCAUCCAGAGAAUCAAGCUUGAGAAGCGUACCUACACCCGUGAGCAGUUCAAGUUCCCAGCCAUCCAAGAGCACCUUAAGACCAAGUACAUCAAGGGAUACGUUCCAAACAAUGAUGCCUUCAACGAGGGACUCUCCGAUUACUCCAACGCUCAAUACUACGGACCAAUCACCAUCGGAACUCCACCACAAAACUUCCAAGUUUUGUUCGAUACUGGAUCUUCCAACUUGUGGGUUCCAUGCGCCAACUGCCCAUUCGGAGAUAUUGCCUGCAGAAUGCACAACAGAUUCGACUGCAAGAAGUCCUCGACCUGCACUGCUACUGGAGCCUCUUUCGAAAUUCAAUACGGAACUGGAUCCAUGAAGGGAACCGUUGACAACGAUGUUGUUUGCUUCUCCCAUGACACCACAUUCUGUACCGACAAGACCCAAGGAUUGGCCUGCGCUACCUCUGAGCCAGGAAUCACCUUCGUCGCUGCCAAGUUCGACGGAAUCUUCGGAAUGGGAUGGGACACUAUCUCUGUUAACAAGAUCUCCCAACCAAUGGACCAGAUCUUCGCCAACUCCGCCAUCUGCCCCAACCAACUCUUCGCUUUCUGGCUUAGCCGUGACGCCAAUGAUAUCGCCAACGGAGGAGAAAUCACCCUUUGCGACACUGACUCCAACCACUACACCGGAAACAUCGCCUGGGAGCCACUCGUCUCUAUGGAUUACUGGAGAAUCAAGCUCGGAGCCGUCAGCAUUGAUGGAACCACUUACACUAACGGACCAAUCGACUCUAUUGUUGAUACCGGAACUUCCCUCCUCACUGGACCAACUGAUGUGAUCAAGAAGAUCCAACACAAGAUCGGAGGAAUCCCACUCUUCAACGGAGAGUACGAGGUUGAGUGCAGCAAGAUUCCAAAGUUGCCAAACAUCACCUUCACUCUCGGAGGACAAAACUUCGACCUCCAAGGAAAGGACUACAUUCUCCAAAUGUCCAACGGAAACGGAGGAAUGACCUGCCUCUCUGGAUUCAUGGGAAUGGAUAUCCCAGCCCCAGCUGGACCACUCUGGAUUCUCGGAGACGUCUUCAUUGGACGCUUCUACUCCGUCUUCGACCACGGAAACAAGAGAGUUGGAUUCGCCACCUCCAAGAGCGCUUAA